AUGCAGUACACAAGUUUUUUUGCAUUAGCCUUUGCGGCAACAGCAACAGCAUGGCCGCACGUGAACAAUUCUACCUUCAGCUCGAAUCCUUCAGCAUCUAACCCUGUACCGACAACCUACCUUCCCUCCGGAUCAGCUUCGAAUCCAACCUCCAGAACUACUCUCUCAGGCACAUCAGGUCGACCAUCUGGGUCUGCAUCUGGGACUGGCUCUUCGUUGACCGUUUCUAGGCCUUCGGGUACUGGCAGUCGCAGUGGCCGUCCAAGUGGACCUGCAGGUACGGGGAACAGUGGCAGCCAUCCAAAUGGGCCCACUGGUACCGGUCACGGAGGUGUUCCUCCCAUUACCUCCCAAAGCCCUCCUUCAAUCACGACUGUGACGGUCCCUGGUAAUGGCCAAUCGUUUACAACGAAGACGAAUUUCAUUACCACAACCUCAACCGUCACCAUCACGAAGUUUGUUCCCUGUAGUACGAUUGUUACGGUUGACCAUGGCAACACAAUCUAUUCUUCGUCGUUGACUACUUCAUUGGCUACGAGCACGUCAACUGGUGUGAUCACGGAAUACACUGUCCUCGUCCCCACCCCUGCACCUGGAAAGGGUAAAUCAGAAGGAAACGACAAUGGCAAGGGGUCGAACGGCUCUAAUGGCGCCAAUGGUCAAGCAGAUAAUUGCCCUCCGGCUUCGACUGUCUACGUGACUGUCACUGUUGCAGCUGGGCCACAGUCAACACCAGCGCCCGGCUCGCAAGGAUCAUCGAGUCAAAAUGGUCAGAACGGUCAGAACGGCAACGUCCCGCAACCUCCGAAUGGGUCUCAGCCAAAUAAGCCACCCUUCCCGUUGCCGAGCGACUCCAACUCAGCACCGCUCCCAAGCGGCAGCGGUAGUGGUUCCCCAAAGCCUUCGGGCACGGGCCUAAAGCCUUCGGGCACGGGUACAAAGAAGUCCGCCCGUCUUGACGCUUCCAUGUCCCAGAACAGUCCUCUGGAGCCGCAAGAAGGGCCCAUCACCAACAUGCGCAGCUGCUGUGAGCCUGGGGCUGGCGUGAGAGACGAUUGA